UGCAGAACGUGUUCACGUCGGUGCCAAACAGCAACGAGUCGAAUUUUUCCUUGAAAGUCGAAAGCUCGCGUGAGGAAGAAAUUGCUCAACACGAAGCGCGUAAACCAAGCGGACCGGACGAAUCGCCACGAAUCCCGAAGAGGCUUCGAGGAAAGCCCCUGGAGUUGGUCCGUCAAUUGCAAACUCGUCACAAACGUUGCCCGUACGCACAGUUACUACAGUAUUACUGCCCACUAGAGUCCUCGGGUCCUUGGAAGUUAAGUUGCGCCGACACUCAGAAUGAGAUGUCGCGGGAUCUGAAAUCAUCAGGAGCCGAAAACCUCAUCACCCAACCUGCUGGCCCCGGUUGCGUACUCCCAUCUACCGUGGCCGAGACGAACGGAGACCUGAACACCGUGGAUGUCCAAAAGCCCAAGAGCAAUAUUCCAAAGCCAAAACUCAGUCUCACGGACUAUGCGACCCCGUCGUCUUCGGUGUCAGCUUUCUGUCGAGCAGUCCUGCGCAAGUUAGUUUCUCCGCAGUGGUACGGAGUCGGCCAACAAGGGAAGUCCAACCAGGGUAUCAUUCUCAAGCAUGUUGAUCGAUUUGUGCGUAUGAGGCGUUCGGAGAGUCUCAGCAUUCACGAGAUCUGCGGAGGCAUUAAG